AUGAGCGAAUCAAAAGAAAUGGUCAUCAUCCUCACAGGAGCAUCGCGAGGCAUCGGCCUCACAAUAGCCCACUACCUCCUCUCGCAGCCGGCCCAACACAAGCUCGUCCUAACCUCGCGCACCGCCUCCGCCCUCACAGCACUACAAACUAAAUACGGCCGCGAGCGUGUCGAAAUCGUAAUCGGCGACGCCGCCGACCCCAGCAUCGCCAGCGACCUGGUCUCAGUCGCCACCUCGCGCUUCGGGCGGCUAGACAGCCUAAUCCUGAACCACGGCUCCCUCGACCCAGUGAAGAAGAUCGCAGACAGCAGCGCCGCCGAAUGGCGCAAAGCCUACGACAUCAACGUCUUCAGCGCCGUGGGGAUGGUGCAAGCGGCGCUGCCGGAGCUGCGCAAGACGCACGGCCGCAUCGUCAUCACCAGCAGUGGCGCCGCGACAGGCGCAUACCAGGGCUGGGCUGCGUACGGCUCGGGGAAAGCAGUGCUCAACCACCUCGCCCUCACGCUGGCGGUCGAGGAGCCGGAUGUGACGACCGUCAGUGUCCGUCCGGGUGUUGUGGAUACGGAGAUGCAGCGGGCGAUUCGCGAGGAGCAUCAUAAGACGAUGAGCGCGACUGACCAGGAGAAGUUCCAGGGACUGCAUAAGGAGGGCAAGCUGGUUCGACCCGAGCAGCCUGGUGGUGUGAUUGCGAAUCUGAGUUUGAGCGCCGAGAAGGGGUUGAGUGGGAAGUUCUUGAGCUGGGAUGAUGCGAGUUUGAAGGGGUACAGGACGGACAUGUAG